AUGGAUGCGUUCUCAUGUAGUGUUCGUCGUGGCUCUUUCUCGGCUGCUGUGGAACUGGUGGAGCAAGGCCGUGCAGCAUUCUGGACCCAGUUGGCACGCUUCCCCACACCACUGGAUGAACUUUCUGCGUUAGGUGACACUGACAUGGCAUUGGCGGUAGAGUUUAAGCAGCUCAGCUUCCGCCUUCGUCACGCGUCCGAUGAGUCUACUGAAGACAAGUCCCCACAAAUCCGUCAACUAACCGUUCAAUGGGACGAUGUCGUCUCACGCAUCCGCCUGCUUCCCGUUUUUCGCCGGUUUCUCCUGCCUCUGCUGUUUUCGGACCUACAGAAGGCGGCAGAAGAUGGUCCUGUCGUUAUCCUCAAUUCAAGCAAGUACAGCUGUGAUGCCUUAAUUAUCACAAGUGCCCAAGAUCCCAUCCACAUCCCACUUGAUAUCACACAGACCGAACUCUCCGAGUUGUCCUCUGACUUCCAGGAACUGCGGAGCGUUUCGGUUCUUCUGAUCAUGAAGGAGUUGAUUCAGCCCGGUUCACGCAUCUGGUGGUGUCCCACCGCUGAAUUCGAUGUCCUUCCUCUACAUGCAGCAGGACCCUACGAGAAGAAGAUCCGAAAUGUGUCUCAGUUUUAUAUCUCCUCAUACACUCCAUCCUUGGCGACACUCAUUCGCGCGAGACAGCAACUGUCUCGAGAUUCGUCUACGCAACAAUCGCGUCUCGCAUUCGUCGUGUCCUUCACAUGGCUCGAGGACAGCGAUGCAACAGUCCAUGGGGCAUUCAAUGCAUUAAACCACAAUAAAUGGCUUCACCUGGCCUGUCAUGGAAUGCCAAAUCGAAAGAAACCAUUCGAAUCUUCCUUCGCAAUGCGCAACAGGCCUUUAACGAUCAGGGAGAUUAUCCGGUCCCAUUGGCAGAACCCGGAGUUUACAUUCCUAUCGGCUUGCCUCACUAUUGUUGGUGAUGAGUUCAGCCUUGAUGAAGCCAUCUAUCUCGCUGCAGCGAUGCAAUUCUCCGGAUUUCGCAGUGUGAUAGGAUCUAUGUGA